AGACGCUGCUUCCCAAAGCGUUUUAGAUGUGGCUUUUAUCUUUUGACAUUCAGCGUACUGCUUUAAGGUUUCGCAACAGGACUUCGGUUCUUGCAACGUCUCCUCGGAACUGAACCAAGUGCCACGUCACCCUACGUCACUACCGUACCUGCGCGGCCAUCUUGAACCCUUCGUAAGCUGCGGACACAGGAAAGCAGAAAGGCUUGGAAAAAACAGCUUUUACAGACGGAAAAGGGAUAUGCCUGGUAGAAUCAAGGAUAUUUAAAGUAAUAAAGGUCAAACAGCAGGAACGAAGGAAAACAAUUAAAGCAGACUUCUAAACAGCCAUCAAAGUGCCUCGGAUAACCGGACCUUGAAGUCUAAAUUCUUCUUCGGACAAGGAAGGAAGAGUCGAGUCACUGAAGGAAAAAAACACAUUCUCAGUGAAACCAUGAAUCCUGAAUAUGACUAUCUGUUUAAACUCCUCCUCAUUGGAGACUCUGGAGUAGGAAAAUCCUGCCUUCUGCUCCGUUUUGCAGAUGACACAUACACAGAGAGCUACAUCAGCACCAUUGGAGUAGACUUCAAGAUCCGCACCAUUGAGCUGGAUGGCAAAACCAUCAAACUGCAGAUUUGGGACACUGCAGGUCAGGAGAGAUUUCGCACUAUCACCUCCAGUUACUACCGUGGAGCUCAUGGCAUCAUAGUUGUAUAUGAUGUUACAGAUCAGGAGUCCUACAACAAUGUCCGGCAGUGGCUUCAGGAAAUCGAUCGUUAUGCUAGUGAAAACGUGAAUAAGCUGCUGGUUGGCAACAAAUGUGACCUGACCACCAAGAAAGUGGUGGACUACACAACAGCCAAGGAGUUAGCUGACUCUUUGGCCAUCCCCUUCCUGGAGACGAGUGCAAAGAACGCCACCAAUGUGGAGCAGGCUUUUAUGACCAUGGCUGCUGAGAUCAAGAAACGUAUGGGCCCUGGCGCAACUGCAGGCAGCGACAAACCCAAUUUAAAAAUUGAGAGCACUCCUGUGAGGCAGUCCGGAGGCGGCUGCUGUUAAAGGACCCUGCUCUACCAACCCCACCAUCUCCACACUGACAUCUACUUUUUCUUCUUUUGUGUACCCCCUACCUCCAUCUUGGCCAUUACCACACUCCCCAUCAUUCCACUAUGACAUCCUGUAAACCUGCACCUAACUCUCUGCAGCCUCCCCCGUCACAUUGGUUGAGGCAAACAAAGGACUCGAACGGUUCUGAGUGUCAGAAAAGAAUAGUGAAAGAUUGUGUUGGUCAUUUCUUCAACGUAGAGUGAGAAGAAAUUGAGCUGAGUGCGAUGGAGGGUGGAGGGAGCACCUAAUAGCAGACACCGAAGUCACUUCAAUUCUGUGCUAAGAGAACAGAAAACACAAUGUUUUGAAGGGGGAGAAAAGGUAGCAGAUUAAGUUGGAUAAUACACACACACACACACACACACACACACACACAACACACACAAGAGCACUCUUAGAUGGGAUGGAAUGGCGUGAAACAAUUUUACAGCUCACAGUCACCUGUAACUACAACAAUGACCUUUGCGCCUUUCAUUGACUUUCCAUGUUAUUUUAAUAAUGCAAAAUUUCUCAAGUACAUCAUAUUGUAGUUUUAGGAUUGGUAAUUAUACACAUUAGAACUUUGAAUUGUAAUAAAUGUAAAAGUGUAUUAUUAAAAUGCGUACAUGAAAUCCGCUUUUGCAAAUAAUUUAAGAAUUUGUAUAAAGAACAUCGAACCUGAACAUCAUAUACUCUAAUGGAGAGGUACAAAGUUAUAUAGACAAAAACAAAUUAAAUGUAACUAAUGGGGGACGCUAACAUUUUUGGAAAAAUUGAAUGCAGAUGUAAUGCACAGCUAGCUAACCUGUUACACUGCGUUACAACAGUGGGAAUAAGUUGGAUGUGGCAAAUUGGUUAGUUGUUUUGGGUUUAAUUUAAAAAGGAAAAAGUGGGCUAAAUGUCUGUCUGGAAAGUUUGAGUAUUACGUCUCUUAAGACAACAACACAUUUCUCUCACUUCUUUUUCUAUUUGCAGAUUGUCAUCUUGAGGCUCAUUCAUACUUCCCACACUAAAUAUUGUCCCAAUCAUCUAUCCAUCUUGAUAACACGCAUGCAAAAGCCCAAAAAUAUCUGACUGCAUAUUAGUCAACUGCAUGGAUAAGAAUUCAGGGUUAGUUACGCUUGUGUGGACCACUAGAAUAAAACAAAACCGUAAUUGAGACUUGAAAAAAAGAAGUGUAAUUAGAACACCAUACAUUAUGGCCUUUAAAAGUAGCCUUUCUGGAAUUAUGUUUUCCCACAAAGGAAAAUGUAUAUUUACAAGCUAAUAGACAACAGAUCUAGUUCAGAAGCUUCUCAGGGCCAUGUCACUAUUAACAAAACAAUGAAAAUGUGUAAGUAAAUCAACUUGGUAUGAGGAAGAAAAUUUGUGGACAUUUAAUGUGGAGAGUAUGAAAAGGCCUUAUUUGACCUCGUUACAGCAUCAAUAGUGAAACUCCCAUACACAUGUAGAUAGAUGAUGUGUAUUAAUGACUAGACUCUCAACUGGGUUAACCCAAACUAGCUGUACAGACAUUUGCUGUGUGGGUGGUGUAAUGUGUACUUGUGUGUGUGAGUGUGUGUGUUUAGCAUUAACUUCUUUCCUUUUUAUUAUUUAUCUUUUUCCCCCUUAGCUUCUAUGUCUGUUGUCUCUGUAUCUUCAUAAGCAGUUCUUGCUCCGCCUGGAACAUCAGCAGAUGAAUAGCUCCUUGUGUUGUGUCUGUUGCAUGUCUUUUCCGCCUGAAUGAUCAUCAUGGGGCUGAAUGUUCUAGAAGUAAUUCUUGUAACAAAGCGGUUAGGGGGAGGUCGUGUUUACAUCUAAUACCAUAAUUGACCGAAACCUUCAGGUGCAACAGGGGACGUCGAGACCUAACUGGAUAUUUGAAGCAUGGGGCCUUAAAUGCUUGGUCGCUACAGGUUUGCAUCAUCAGAACAUUUCAGUACUAGAAACAAUUUCUAAGACACUAGAUCAUGAAGUCGUGACAAAACACGCAGGUCCUAAUAUCACACAAAAUGCAGGUCUUCACGCAGAGAUACUUUAGCAGAAAAUUUCAUGUCAAUAUUUUUUUCUUCAGUCUCCACACGUACAAGAAAGAAAUGUGACACAGGUGCAUCACAUAUAACACGGUAACCAACCAGGUUGACAUUACACACUGCGGUCAAAGGGCAGAUGCUGGUGGACACAUGUUAAGGCAGCGGUUGUCUGUGUGUAGUGGUCAGUGUGAUUUGAGACUCCAAAGAUGUGGUGGAGGUGAGUUAGAAUGUGGAUGUUUUCAGGGAUUGUGAUAUCACUGCGUGGUCUUUCCUCUGGUAGAUUUUAUGGUUUCAUGUUGGACAAGCUUCCAUUUUUGCCGAGCUGUUAGCUUCAGUGCUCCAUCUAAUGUCUCUUCUGUUUGUCCUUGUUGGGAAUCAGUAAGGACAUCACAUUGAUAAGCAACUUUAGUGAUUGAUGGUUUAAUCACGCCUUAUUCUUGUACGCACUUGCAUAUUUCCUUUGAGUGCUUCAUAUUGAUUUCUUAUUAAAAAAAUCACAGGUCUUCUUCUUAGAGCGCCCCCUCCUGGAUCAAACAGUACCUUUAACAAAUACAUUUUUUAUGUGUAUUUAAACUUCAUAGAUUGACUUCUAUAUUAGUCUUCGUUUAAAUUCUGUUCAAGUUUCAGGGCUGUGGUAGGGACAGUAAAGUUAAUGCUGCAGUCGGACCAUUGUUUUCAGGCUUGUCCUCUGUUCAAAGUCUCUGAACCACAGUUUUUGACCACAUUUAGACAUACUUUACCCGAAAAGCUAUAAGCAUUGCUAUACUGUGAAGUUAUA